AUGAAAAGUUUUUUGAUGUUGGCAAUCACUCUGCUCUGGACAGCGAAUGUUCUGGCCGAUGGCCACAACAAUCCUCACAAGGGGCAGUUUUACUUAUCACCUGGCGCUAUUGCUUAUACAGGACCGGACUCCUCCAAUAUCGGUUAUGAAGAUACCGAAGUGGGUGGUGCGCUGAUUCUGGGUUACGGGCUUUCGGACAACUGGUCUGUAGAAGUCAUGGCCGGCAGGGUUGAAGAUGCUGGAUUUGAUAACCGUUACGGAUCAGGGGAAGACGAGGUCAAUCUGCGUUGGUUGGACUUCGUUUAUAAUUUGCCGGCAAAAAAUGCCUGGCAGCCCUUCAUGCUGGUUGGCGGUGGCCGAACUGAGUACGACAUGGACGGAGUUCGUCCGGAUGCGCGUGAUAACCAGUUGAAUGUCGGCGUUGGUGUUUACCGCCAGUUAAGCGAUCACAUCUCGCUGCGUGCAGAUGUGCGCGGUGUCAGCAGCUCUAAAGUAGGUGGUCUUGAGCCGUUUGCAUUUCUGGGUCUGACCGGAUUUAUCGGUUCCCCCGCCGCACCUGCUGCGCCUGCUGACUCAGAUGGCGAUGGCGUACCAAACGAUAUGGACAACUGUCCUACCACACCUGCUGGUCGUGUGGUUGACGCUCAAGGCUGUGAGCUGGAUGCGGACAACGACGGUGUUGUCGAUGGCGCGGAUCAGUGUCCUGAUACACCAGCUGGUGUUUCCGUUGAUCAGAACGGUUGUCCUCUAGACGCCGACGGUGACGGUGUACCGGAUUUCCGUGACGACUGUCCUGAUUCUGAAGCGGGUGCCAAAGUUAAUGACCGUGGUUGUUACAUUGAACUCGAAGAAGAAGUCACGAUUGACAUGAGUAUCGAGUUUGAGACAAACAAAGCGCAGCUGCGCCCUGAUCACACCAGUGAAUUGGCACGUGCGGUACGUUUCCUGCGUCAGUAUCCGAACACCAAAGCGGUCAUCGAAGGCCACACGGAUACCGAUGGUGCGGCGUCUUACAACCAGAAUCUGUCAGAGCAGCGAGCCAAAGCGGUUUACGAGUAUCUCGUCAACGAAGCGGGUGUUGAUGCGAGCCGUCUGACCUGGGCUGGCUUCGGAGAGACACGGCCGAUUGCGUCUAACGACACAGCAGCAGGCGCUUGUGAAAGCGCCUAUUACGGUGUGCAGGAGCAGUUUGGUAACCUUAAAAACGACAUUCUGGUCGACCGCGUUGAAGACGCAAUGGAAGCCCAGGAAGAUGCCAAAGAAGAAUUCAAGAGCGCUUUGGAACAGUUUGAGGCUGUUGUUGGUGUACCGGAAUCGCAGCUGAAAACGGUUUACAACCGGCUCAAUGAUGCGUUUGAAGAUGCGGAAGACAAAGCGUCAACCGUAUCUGAACGCAUCGACUCGGUGGAAGACGUUGCUGACGAUUUGUUUGAGGAAUGGGCGGAAGAGUUAGAGCAGAUCUCCAACGCUUCUCUGCGCCGCCAGAGUGCGGAAAAACUGCGUACCUCGAAGCGCCGCUCAUCCGAUCUGAUUAAAGCCAUGCGUCGUGCGGAAUCGCGUAUGGCACCGGUGCUGACCUCUUUUCGAGAUCACGUACUUUUUCUCAAGCACAAUCUCAAUGCACAGGCGGUGGCGUCUCUGCAGGGUGAACUUGGUGGCAUCGAAUCUGACGUCGGGCGCCUGAUCCGCGAUAUGGAAGCCUCCAUUGCCGAAGCGCAGAGUUUCAUCAACACAAUGGUUCAGGUCGAUAACGUAGACCUUGCCAUCACGGAAGGUUCGGCGGCAAUCAACGGCUUACGUCUGGGUAAUCCAGCGGGUUUCUCCGGUGCGGACAUGAUGCAGGUUGAUCAGAUCAAAGUUGUGCUGGAUACAAGUCAGAUCAGCGAUACCCUUGUAGUGAUGAAAGAAGUUGUCAUAGACGGCGCAAAUAUUACUGCCAUCGCCAAGGGGCAGCAGACCAACUUUCAACAGCUGAUGGCUAAUCUGGAAUCUGCAACGGGUGGUGAUUCGCAGGCAUCAACGGAUGCUGGGCCUGGAACAAAGUUCAUCAUCGAUAAAUUCAGUUUCACCAACACUCAGGCAGCCUUGGACUCAGAUGUGGUCGGGCAGCUGGCGUUAACUAUUCCAGAUAUACGGCUGCAGAAUAUUGGCCGGAAAAGUAACGGUGUCACCGGAGCGGAACUGGCACAGCAGAUACUGAAACCAUUGACUGCAUCUAUCAGUAAUGAGGCGGUGAAACAGGGGCUGGAUAUCGACGGCGUGAAGCAGAACAUUGAGCAGAGAGUCCGCGAUAAAAUUGGCAGUGGCCUGGCGGAUAAGCUGGAGCGUACGCCCAAACCUACCAUCGCUGCCAUUGAUGGCAUCUGUAUGGGUGGUGGGCUGGAAGUAGCGCUAGGUUGUGACCUGCGGGUAGCAACGCCACAGUCGCGCUUUGCAACACCUGAAGGCAAGCUCGGUAUUAUUCCCGGUGGCGGAGCGACUGCACGUCUGCCUCGCAUUGUCGGGCGUGGCUGGGGUAUGGAAAUGUUGCUGAUGGGUGAACCCAUCGGGGCUGAGCGGGCCCUGGCGAUAGGUCUCGUGACCCGCCUGGUUGAAUCGGAUGAACUGCUCGCGGAAACCCGUCGUAUGGCUGAUCACCUUGCAGGAUUUGCGCCGUUUGUGCCACGCACGAUGAAAGCUAUGGUGCACUUUGGCAUGGAAGCGAGCCUCGCGGGCGCGCUGAUGUUCGAGAAAUACGCGCAAGGCGCACUGGUGCAGACUGAAGACAAAGUUGAAGGCAUCAAUGCGCUUAUGGCUGUUGACAAGUUUCCCGUAGAAGCGAGCCACAUCAUGAUGUUUGCGCGUUCUGUGGGUGAUGAUAACCAGAUUUACUAUGAUGCGGAUUACGCUGCGGGUACUGAGCCCGGCACGAUAAUUGCGCCACCGACCUUUGCGCAGUCCAGCGCACAGUUUGAUCCGGAUUACUUUCUCAGACCGAAAAUUGGGGAGCCCUGGUUCGGUUCAGGCGGUUCGCCCACCGGCAUUAAAAAAGAAUCUUCCGGCGGUGGUGGCGGCGGUGGUGGUGGCGGUCUGCAUGCUGAACAGCAUUUUGAAUAUCACCGUCAUCUGAAGCCCGGCGACGUGCUGACGGCAACCAACCUGCCCGGCAAAACCUGGGAAAAAGAAGGCAAGCGAUCCGGCAAGCUGGUGUUUUCUGAAUCGAUCACAGAAUAUCGUGAUCAGAAUGGCGAGUUGGUGAUUACAGCCCGUGGCGUUGGUGUUCGCACGGAACGGCCAGUGGACAAAUAG